CAAGGAAUAUUUUGAUUAUUGAAGAGGGUGAGAAUAUUUGAUUAUCGAAGAGGGUGAGUUGGGAGUUGCGACUCGUCUUGGGCAGUGAUGGAGGACUCAGUAGGCGCGAGGGCUGUGGAUGCUCUCGGGAAAGGCUUCGAUUUGAGCAGUGAUUUCAGGCUCAGAUUCGCCAAGAAGGAGAAUCUCGUACUCUUGGAUCAGACUAACAAGAGAGACAUUGUUAUUCCUGGUGGACACUCCAUCAGAGGAGUCUCUCACGAUAUCAGCUACGAUAAAGGGGAUCGCAUCCGUUUCAAAUCUGACGUUCUUGAAUUCAAUCAGAUGUCCGAGUUACUUAAUCAGAAAUCUUCAGUUCAAGGGAAGGUUCCUUCUGGCUAUCUUAAUGCUAUGUUUGAUUUAACCGGAGACUGGUUUCAUGAUGCUGCAGACACCAAACAUCUUGCUUUUGAUGGUUACUUCAUCUCAUUAUACUAUUUGCACCUUUCAUCAUCUCUGUUAAUACUGCAAGACAAAGUGAAGAAAUCUGUUCCACCUCAUUGGGAUCCUGCAUCUUUGUCAAGGUUCAUCCAUACCUACGGAACACACAUAAUAGUAGGGAUGGCUGUUGGAGGUCAAGAUUUGAUUUGCGUUAAACAGAAGCAUUCAUCACCAGUACCUCCUGUGGACCUUAAAAAACAUUUAGAUGAUCUUGGGGAUUACUUAUUUUCUGAUGGAAGAAGCCCCCCUUCCCUACUACAGAGGAAAGCAAGAGAUGGAAAGCAAAAGGUUCCAGAUGUUUUCAAUCAUAUUCUGCAGUCGAACGCUAUGCAUUUGACCAAUAUUACAGAAACAUCAAGCAAGGAUGGUCUUACCAUCAUUUACUCAAAGAGAGGAGGAGACGUAUUUCUUCACAGUCACUCGAGUUGGCUCCAGACGGUGCCUUCUAAACCAGAAGGAAUUCUCUUCAAAUUCAUUCCAAUUACUUCUCUUCUUUCCGGGAUUCGAGGCAGUGGCUAUCUUAGUCAUGCAAUCAAUCUGUAUCUGCGUUAUAAGCCUGCGCCAGAGGAUUUACAAUACUUCUUAGAGUUUCAAGUUCCUAGACAAUGGAUACCCAUGUUUUGCGAGCUUCCACUUCGGCAUCAAAGAAGAAGAGCUUCUUGUCCUUCUCUACAGUUCAGCUUUAUGGGUUCAAAGCUGUUUGUGAGCCCUACGGAGGUUUCAAGUGACGAAAAACCAGUUACUGGCAUCCGCUUGUACUUAGAAGGAAAGAAAUUCAACAGACUAGCAUUACAUCUCCAACAUCUCUCAAGCCUCCCAAAGAUCAUGACCUUUCCAUAUACCGACUCCUCCUUACGUAGACCAUCUCAAUGGCGGAGUUCUGAUGACUAUGAUCUCAGUACUCAAUUCUUAGAACCAGUUAGAUGGAAGAGAUACUCCAAGGUUUGCACAUCGGCUGUCAAGCAUGAUCCAAACUGGUUACAGGAACACCCAAAUACUGUUUUCAUCGUAACUGGUGCUCAACUCCUCAGCAAAGGUAAGUGGCCUAAAACAGUGCUUCACCUUCGCCUCCUCUUCACCCAUUUACCCAACUGCACAAUCCGGAAGACAGAGUGGGUUGGUACACCAGAAGCUUCCCACAAGUCAAGUUUCCUAAUGAAUCUGAGCACUACAUUCUCGUUCACUCAACGGACCAUCACUGAUACAGAAAAGCGUACUCCAGCUGCACUCAAUUCUGGUGUCUAUCCAGAUGGUCCUCCUGUGCCGAUUCUUUCAAGAAAGCUGCUUAAAUAUGUGGAGACAACUGAAGUGGUACGGGGUCCUCAUGACGCUCCAGGGCAUUGGAUGGUGACAGCUGCGAAGCUAGUAACUGAGGGUGGUAAGAUUGGUUUGCAUGUGAAGUUUGCAUUGUUAGAUUAUAUAUGAUUACUGGAUUAUUUAUGAUGACAUUUCCUGUUUUAUCUCCCUAGUGCAUUUGAAUUUGGUAGUUGAUUUUUACGUGUGUAUUUGUUCAUUCAUGUUAUUGUGUAUAAAAGCAUUUCCUAGCCUUGUACAGAGAAAAAAUUGCGUAGAAUAAAGAUUUAAUAUCAUUCAUCAUCAUCAUCA